AGGUGCAUGAAAGUCGAUGAUAGUCUUAAGCAAGUCAGUAAGACACCAAACGCUUUGUUGCGUUGUUGCAUUGUUGGUUUUCUUCACAUCAUUUUGACAUUGUGCAAUAUCAUUUUUAUUUUAUCAUUGUUGACAUUAUAAUUGAAGCCAGUUUAGAAAGUGACAUUUAUUUUCUUAUUAUAUAACAUGAAUUAUUACUGUUUAUUAUUGUAAAUGUUCAUUUUGAUGUUUGUUAUUAUGUAGAAAAAAUAAAGUUGUUCAUCAAAGGGGAUCAAAGACUCAAUCACAAAGCAAAUGACAGAGAUUAAAAUAGUAACCUUUGUUUGAGAACGUGUAUACAAAGAAAGGAGUUGAUGACACUUGUGGUAUUUUAAUUAUGUUGCAUACUUAUGAAUUUCUUUCGAAGACAUAAGAAUCGUUCUGUGGAAGAACCUAAAAAUGAUCAUGUGUUUCGAGAACUGCACACAAUGUUCAAGACACAUGGUGAUGCUAUUUUGCAUGGUGACAUGAAGUUGAGUUUGACAGCUUCUAUCUUAAUUUUACUCAAUGGAUCAUUCCAAAAAAUUACAGAAGGUAUCAACCAACCUUGUUUUCAAGUUGCUGCACAAAGAAGCGACAUUAAACAAAUUGAAAUGAUCUAUUUUGUUUUUGAUUUCAUACAGAAAGUUGUUUCUUUUAAGCUACUUGCUGGCGCAGUUUCAUCUGACUGUCCUCUUCUCAGCCUUCAUUACUUUAAAUCACUGCAGGUUUUGGAGAUAAGAAAAAUACCCAUUCGUUACAUAAAGAAUCUGCAUGCAAUCAGACGACAGUUAAGAAUGUUAAUUUGUUGUCGGUCUACAAAUUCUGUUUUCGAAGUUGUAAAACAAUUUGGGCAAGAUCAAGGAGAUGUGUUUAUUUUGCCAUUACUAUCUGUUCUUGAUUUGAGUUACAACAAUAUUGCAGACUUGCAAGAUGAUGCUUUGAAAUUACUCCCUGCUUUAGAAUCUCUUAACUUGAGUUACAAUUGUCUGACAUGUGCUGAUUCUGUGUCUAUGCCAUCUGUUAGCUAUUUGAAUCUUGGAUAUAACGCCAUCUUGAAUGUUCCAGUCUUACCAUCAAAAUUGUCUCACACGUUAACUAACUUGAUACUGCGUAAUAACAACCUCACAACUUUACAAGGUAUGCAGUUAUUUACAAGCUUGGUACUGUUAGAUUUGACAGCAAAUUGUGUAAUUGAUUUUCAGGAGUUGGCUCCACUAGCUUAUUUAGAAAAACUUCUCACAUUAUCUCUGAUUGAUAAUCCUAUUUGCUACAACAGGAAUUACCGCCUUUACACUAUACGAAAGUUAUCUCCUGUCAAAAGAAUAAGAAAGAUAACUUUAGAUGGAAAGGAACUGGAUUAUCUUGAUCAAUGUCACUUAGGCGAGGAUGUGGAGCCAGUGUCACUGUCAGAAUACAUUCCAGACCGACCACUUGGUAGGCCUAAAGUUCACAGCCUUGUUGGACUUGCAAAUAAUUUGCCAAACCUUAGUAAUGACAAUGCCAAAUAUGACACUAGCACACCAGUGCAUAAUGGUAGAACAAAAGCUAAAGUUCGACAAGCUUCCAUUGCUAAUACACCAGCACUAAGGAUUCUUCCCAAGUCUAGUAUUUUAAUGCGUAGCAGUGAAAAUUCCACUCCACAAUUAUCGGUUGCUUCACAUGAGAGUAGUUCUAGAAAUCAAUCAGAUAGUCUGAAUAACAUUUAUUCCAGUCGUCGAAGUUCAUUAGAUAACUCACUGAUAGGGAUGAAUGCAUCACCUGGAUUGAUGAAAGGACAAUUUGAUAGAAGCUCUAUAGGCUAUGACAGCUGGCCUGUUGAACAUGAAGGGUUACAUGACUCUUUAGAGGUUUCACAAUAUUCUCAAAAUUCUGAUAUUCCAACCGAACAUGUAAAUGAAAUGUAUCAUCAAGGACCUUUAAUGACAUUAUCCAGAGUCGAAAAUGAAAUCAACAAUGAGGAGGAAAAUGAUCUGAGUGGUGUAAUGUCUGAUGAGUACGUCGACAAUGAUGAUAUAUGUGAUGAAAGCUCACAAUCUGAGAGCAAUGAUGAUUUUGAUUUUGUGUAUUUGGUUCAAAACAUUAUUAAAAGCGAUGGUGAUUUCCCAUACAAAAUAGAAAAUUUAUUUAUUAGUUUUAAGCUCCCGUAUUUGUUGGAGAGGACAGAUGACGGCAAGCUUUGGGACAAAUUAGAUCUUAACUACUUACAAAGGGUUGCUAUACACGAUGAUGACUUGAGGAUAUGCUUAAGAUUUGAUCUUAUUCGUCUGGAGUGGCAAACGAGGGAAUAUAUUUUUGAGCAGAAGGAACAACUGGAAUCUUUCUUAGAAGUCAUUCGCCCAAUUGAGGUGAAGAAUAAUCAAAAAAAGAUGACAGAGAUUAAAAGUUGUGAAUGUUUAAAAUGUGGAACAGUUUUUUUAAAACGAGAUGAAGAUGCAGUUGAUAUUGCAUGUCCGAAAUGUCAUAGCAACAUGGUCAUUAAUAAGAAUGAGAAUCAUGUAAAUACAAUUGGUAACGGAGCUUCCUCAACCUCAUCAAGUUCCUCAUCUGUUUCAGUAACUGAAAUGAACGAUAUUUCUCUGGCAUUUAACCAUAUUUCAGCACCUGUACAUAUCCCUUUUGUUAAAUCAACCACGUGUAUUUCUUUGUCAUGGCCACUAAUAGACCAUUCUUCUAAUGUGUCCGCUCGCUUGUCAUCAACAGUACCUAUUGACAUAUUCUUCCAAGCAAAAUAUGAGAACGAUGAAAAGGAUAUUUCGAAACCGUUUUGCAAUAAGCAAGCAUCACGGAAGUCCAGUCAAUCAAGUGGACAAAGUCGAACAAGUGAUAAAAUAAACUUUGAAAGUGUUUAUUCAAAAUUUAAAAACUCAUUAUAUAAACACUCACCUGCAUCAUCAACAUCCAUCAACAAUUCAUGUAAUUCAAAAUGUAGAAGUCAUUCCAGACAACCAUCAAGAGGUUCUAUUCGUUCCAAGACUCCAAGGUCAUCAAUGACCACUCCAGUUGGAAUAACAAAGGACCCGUUGAUGAUGUACCACGAUGAUUAUACCAAGUGUGAUCAUCGUUUAAAAUUAUACCUCAUCAUGAAUGUUUAUUCUGAUGCUGGUGAAGUCUUCUUGUGUCAGAUUCGUUGUGCAUGCAUCAGUUAUAACAAAUUAGAGCCACAGGAAUGUCUAUUGAGUUUUAGUAACAAGAUGGCAUACAUCUUCGCAAUUGUUAAUGAAGAAAGUGAUUUACCAGAAGACUGUGUAAAGAAAAUAUCAUCUUGUCCUCUUUCUCAUCUGAAGUAUGUCAAUUAUGGAUACUGUAACCAAUCUUUCUCACUGGAGUUUUCAAAGGCUAAUCAUCGAUUUAAGUUUUUAACUUGCGACAGUGAAAUGACAGAAAAAUUUCUGCAGGUUUUGCAAGACGAAUUUAAUCAGAUGUACUCUCCACAUGAAAAUAGUCCAAUAUUAUUUGAUGAUUACAACAAGCAAACAGUUGCACAUAUAAGAAAGCAGGUGUUUCAUCUUGCUGAGUCUCCAACAGAGAAGGGUAGGCGAAUAUUUGAGAACCUUUCUCAAUUCACGUCACCUACUAUACUUAAAACGAGAAAGGUACGUCUUAGAAGCCACCAGCUGAGUUUUCUUGCAAGAGAACUAAUAGAUUGGUUAUGCAUACGCAGGGAGGUGUAUAAUAGAAAAGAGGCAAUCCAAAUUGGUCAGCAGCUGAUUGAUAAUGGAGUCAUAGUUCAUGUAUCGAAAGAACAAGUGUUCAAGGAUGAUGAUGCUGUGUUUAAGUUUUUACAAAAACAAACUUUUCAAAGUAACAACAUGAAUGAAAGUCACAACGAAGUGGCUCCGAACGACGACAAUGAGAUUGAAACUUCGAUUAAUGUUUACACUAUCGCUAACGUGAGAGUGAAUGAGCAUGAUUCGGCGUUUCAUCUUCGAACUAUUCUCUUCACAUUGUCUCACGUAUUUCUAUUGGAAGAAUGCCACCAAUGGCCAUUAUCACGAUUGCACCCUCCACCUGCGUUGCUAAGAGAUCACUAUGUUGUGAAAGAGUGUGUUGUAAUCACCAGCGUCACUGCGAUGGAAUUUUAUGACGAUUCUCCGUGUUACAUGACUAUAUCCUUUAUCAAUGACUAUGAAUACGACAAUGAAGAAACAAACUGGCUUAUUCGAACAAAAACCAUCACAGAACUUAAUAAAAUGGCAUCUUACAUAAGGAACACGUGGAAGUCUUUGUUUGCCAUCGAACUUAAAACUAGCACCCAACCUUCUGUGAUUCCUGUGCUUGAUUCCUAUAUACUUCUGUAAAUCUUCCAAAACUUGUGUGGCCGCCUGUGUAAAAGAACAAUGCUAAGUCGCAAUGUUGCGCCUCUAAGUCCUAAUAAGACGAGCAAGUUGAUAAAGCUACUUAGAAAGAAUAUGGAAAAUGUUGACGAUGAUUAAUCUAAUGCGGAUUGUAAAUUGGUAGUACGAUGAUUUUAACCGAAGAACUUUAAAACGUAGCUAUUGUGACGCCUAAUUGUAUUUUCUGUUUUUUGUAUUUUGCGCUAAUUUAUUUCGUGUAACUACCCCCCGGACGCCUGAGUAAUUAUUAUUCCCAAGUGCGUUUGAUCAACCUCUUGCACUGACUAAAAAUCCUGUAUGUUAUUUACUUUCGCAUUUGUGACAACACAUCUUAAAGGCGCGUAAUCACCCUGUAGGCAACUUUUGAGGUACCUAUUUUAUAGUAAAAAUUGAAAGAUAUACAUGAGAAAACAUUAUCCUAAAGAUUUUAUUGAAAACUGACAACCACAACAUGUUCAAAUGUUUCAUGGAAAUAACAAACUCACCCGAAUUUCUCUUCGCCUACAGAACCGCCAUUACAUUUCAUUGCACGAAUCGAUCACAUGGUUGCUGGAUUCAUGCCAUUACAGAAAAAAUAAGGAAUGAGGGAGAGUAUCCGUAGCUGUGUUUCCAUCGUAAUGCUUUUAUAAAUGUAUCACCAAAGUUCCAAACAUGAUAAAUCAGUUAAAUUAAUCAAAGUUUCUGUGUUAUUCUUUAUUUUUUAAACUUUUUAAUUUACUGAAAUCAGACUUCUUUGCAACACUGACCACUUCUUGUUGUUGUUUCUGAAGACAGCUUCGCCUCGCUAGCUGUCUUACUUUUUGAUUAUUUUCCUUUGUUCAAACAGUUAGUCGCUUCCUUAUAGAAACAGUAUCAGAUCUAGACAAUUAGAAUAUCUAAAUUUUCAGAAUUUCCCCUUUCAUGCUCUAAAUUUAAUUAUCUCCAUAGUGCUGCAACUAUCUUCAACUAUCACAAUGAGCAUUCUCCCCCGUUGGGUAUUUUGGCUUAUAAUAUGCAGUAAUCCCUGUCAAGCUAAUAAAAAAAGAAAGAGCGUGAUAACCAUUAAUUAUCAAAAUUUUAUAACCACGAGACAAUGCUGUGAUUUCUUCUUUCUGUUUUGUUUUGUCUGGUCUCUAAAAACAAUGACAAAUAGAAUAGAAGAGAAUUAAAUUUAAGUGGAGAAAGUGAUACGGAUGUUUUUACGCGCGGCCACUUUUUUAAACAAAACCUAAAUUUCUUUCCACUUUUUGAUGCCAUGUUUUGCAAAGAUGAAACAAACCAAAAAGAACAGCAUGGUGAACGGAGCCUAACCAUAUUGGCGAUUUUAUCGAACUCCAUCUCAGAGCUCAUUCAAAGUUAAGGCCGUUUACCUAGAUUUUGCGACGGCCCGCAUAUUAGACAAGACAUAAAAUGUAUAUGUUAUUUUUUUUCGAUAAGGGUGAUUACGCGCCUUUAAGUUUGAGUUCAAAUACCUCUUUACACAAAGAUUUUACAUUUAUAUAUUCACUUUACCAGCUCCUGCUUGGCAGAAAGUUUUUUUAAUAAAUGCUUCGGGUAAGCGAUAGUCUGCAUUGACUUCUUUCAACUUUUGUUUCCAUGACGUGGUACGUAAAAAAAUGUUUAAUCGAAUAUGAUAAGUUAAAAUAUUUCGAAUAAUAUAUUUGUAUAUAAUUGCAUUUUUUGGCGAACAUUUUGUAAUUGUUUAUAUUAUUAAGUUAAAUUUUGAAGAAGUUGUUUGAUACAAGUAUUGAUUUGUUCACUUAUGUCUUUUAACAACUUCAUGUCUAGUUUUUUUUGUAAAUGGGAGCUAUAUAGUUAAACUUGCAACAUGAAUUAACUUGGGUUAGCCCA